AUGGUUGGCGUAAAACUGAAGAUUCUAAUGAUUCACGGGUACACCGAGACCGGGGAAUCAUUUCGUGCCGAUAUAUCAGGCCUAGAAAAAGCUCUCCAAGAAGCCUUUCCUGCUGCGCCUGCCCCCAACCACCACCCACUAUACCCAGGAGGCCUAGAGCUCUUCUUCCCAACAGGCACCUGGAGGCUCAGACCUACAGACUGGGCACGCUACAUCCCAGGGACUGACCCCGGUUAUGGCUGGUUUUACAAAGUCCCCGACGACGAAGAGUUUCCGGGACUAGAUCAGGGCCUAACACGACUUGGCGAUUUGAUGAAGGCAGAAGGGCCAUUCGCGGGUGUGAUAGGAUAUUCUCAAGGUGGAUUCCUAACUGGAUUGAUUUCAAGCAUGCUUGAGCCAGGCAGGAGAGUGAGGUUCGAGGAGGUUGAAAAGGAGAGCGGGGGAAUACCUUUCCCCGCAGCUUUUGAGGAUGUUCACCCUAUUAAGUUCUCGAUUAGCUGCUGUGGAUUUGCGGGACUGAGUCCACGAUACAAGGCAUAUUAUUCUCCACCUAUAACUUCGUUGCUGCACGUUAAUGGGAGAUUGGAUGAUAUUGUUUAUGAUAAAAGGAGUCGCACGCUUAUUGAUGCUAGUUUGGGGAAUGAAGAGGAGAAAGUUUUGAUUCACCCGGGUGGCCAUACCGUGCCGACUACGCAGGUGUAUACGGAUGCGAUAAUCAUGUAUAUCAAGAGGAAGAUUGCCGCAUAG